UUUCUUUCUCAUCUCUAUCUCUCAGAUUUCUGGUCAAUCCAUCUCUAUCUUCUUCCUUCUCUUUACCCUAUUUCUCAGCCCAUAGUCUCUUCUAAUUCUAUCUUCUCUCUAAGAAUCUCUUCCCUGUUUAUAUAACUCCUUCGGUUCUUCAUCUUCUUCCAUCUUCUUCUUCUUCUUCUUCUCCAGGCCUUAUUACCUUCAAUAAUAUAAUCCUUCUUCUUGAUCUUGAUUAUGCAGUUACGGUUAUUGAUGCUUGAGACAAUCGAUUCAAGCUUGUCAAUAUGUCUGCAGUAAUCUGCGAAAUCCUCAUGAUAAACUCCUCUCUCUCUCGCAGGAUCCACUUGGUUCAAUCUUUCUCCGUUGUUUUCCUCUACUGGUUCUACGUUUUCUCACGAUAAUCUUCUGCAAAAUCCCCCAUCUUCUUAAUUUCUCCCUCCCUUUACUUUCAUCAUCUGAAGGCAAUCCAUCAACCCAGUAAUUGAUUUUUGUAGGACUUAUAUAUAUAUAUAUUGUAUCUCUUUCUGUCUCUCUCUGUUAUAGAUCUGCAUCAUUCAAGUUCAUCGAAACCCUAGUUAUUGCACGGACAUAAUCAUAAUCAUCAAUGGCUUCUUCUCCUGGUGGUGGUGCUUCUUCUGCAACUUCAUCUGAUCAUCAUCAUCAAGAAGAUGUGAUGGACCAGAAGAAGAGGAAGAGAAUGAUAUCGAACCGCGAGUCGGCGCGGCGAUCGAGGAUGAAGAAGAAACAGCAGCAUCUGGACGAUCUGGUGAGGCAGGUUGGUGAGCUGAGGAAGGAGAAUGAAGAGAUUAUGAAGAACUUGAGCUUAACCAGCCAACUUCAUAUGAACAUGGAAGCAGAGAAUGCAAUCUUGAGGACCCAAAUGGCUGAGUUAACAAACAGAUUGGAAUCUCUUAAUGAGAUCAUAAGUUAUAUAAACUCAUCAAGCAGUUAUGUGUUCAAUAAUGAUGAUGAGACUGAGAUGAUCUCUGAUUGUGGCCUCUUCAACAAUUGGAACCAACCUAUCAUGGCUGCCGGUGGAAAUAAUAAUAUGAUGUAUUAUUGAUUAAUUAAGUAAGGUGUGUAAGGAUGAUUAUUAGGGUUUUUAAUUUAUUGUAAGAUUCUCUGAACUUGAAGAGAGAGAUAAUAAGAUUUGAUUUGCUUGUCCUUACAAUUUUAUUUGAUUGUUAAUCAUCUUUUUCUGGCUCUUUUUCUCAA